AAAACAGCUUCGCCUUUCAUUGCUCUGCCCGGAGCUCACGCUGUUACCGGAUAUCUAGACGACGGGCGGCCGCUCCGCCAGCUUUAGCUUGAUUUUAACCCUUUUCACCAAGUUUGUAAUGACCAAACCAUAGUGUGAAACGUAACAAAGAUAUAUAUAUAACCGAUUAAAAGUGAGGGCCUGUCGCUGGGAGGUAAUGUAUUAUCGGUUAGUGGCAUGAGACGAAUCGGCUCUUUGCUCUGGUUUUACAAAGGAGCGGUGGUUUCCUCAGGUGUCAGCAGGCUGUCCUCGGACUCCGGUCACAUCACCGACGACACCCGAUAGUAGCCUUUAAAUCCUCGCGGAAGGAGGGAGGGGAAACCCAGCGAGGCCAUGGCGAGCGACGACUGCAGGAAAGAUGACUUGCUGGAGGACAACCGCACGGACUCGGGCAUUGACUCGUAUCGCUCCAUACUGAAGUCGGAGGAGCCCCGGGAGCCGAGCGCCGACUUCAGCGGUCCGAGAGACAAGUUUCCCACCGUGGAGGAGCGCCUGGACUCCGCCUACGGCUCCUCGUCCAUCACGGUGGAGAGUCUGUCGGAGAUAGUAGUUGACUGCACGCUUUCCAGCGGCCAAGAGGAGCAAACACAUCAGAGCUCUGAACUCACUGAACAGGAGGAGAACUUGCUCACGACGAUCACUGAAGAUGGAGACACAAUCCUGCACUUAGCAAUCAUCCAUGAAGACAAAUUCAUUGCUCAACAGUUGAUACAGCUAUUCCCAAAAGAAGUCCUGGACAUCCAAAACAACUUAUACCAGAGCCCUUUGCACCUGGCCACCUACCUGAACCUGACAGAUGUGGUGAAAGGCCUGGUGGAGAAAGGGGCCUGUUUGGAGCUGCAGGACCAGGAGGGGAACACAGCGCUCCAUGUGGCCUGCCAGCAUGGGCAGACAGAGUGCGCCAACGAAAUGACCAGAGAGGUUUCCCCUAGCAAGCUGGCGCCAGUCCUCGAGAUCCAGAACUGGAGAGGUCUUGCCUGUCUUCACUUGGCUGCACUGAACAGGCAACAUCAGAUUAUGAAGCUCUUGGUGAAAAAAGGAGCAGACUUGAAUAUCCAGGAAGGUACCAGUGGAAAAACAGCGCUUCAUCUCGCCGCUGAGCUGCAUGACAUCACAUCAGUGAAGCUGCUGCUCAGCAGGGGAGCCAAUGUGGAUGCUGCCAUGUUUAAUGGCUGCACACCCCUGCAUCUUGCAGUGGGGAGACAGGACGCCGCCAUCGCCAACCUUCUCUGCCAGUCUGGGGCUGACACAAUGCUGCGAAACAUGGAGGACGAAACGGCGCUGGAUCUGGCUGACGGCAAUGAUGACAUUCUGGCUUUAUUUCCUUUUGAUGACAUCCAGAUCUCCGGAAGGUCGGUGGUCAGUGUGAAGUUUUGAGCUGGAUCAUUUGCUUAACAACAAUCUUGAAAUUGUCUGGUGCUUCACUGCGGCUGAAACCUGUUGAUUUAAAAAAAAAAAAAAAAAAAAAAAAAAAAAAAAAAAAGCUGCAUUUAAGUUGGACGUUUUCAUGUAGUGCAUUCUGAUUUGAUUUGUAUUUUUCCAUUAUCUAGGCAAAUAUGUGCACAUAUAAAUCUUAACUUCCCUCUGACAAAGACAGAUUCUGCUUAAUCGAACACCGAUUUAAAAAAAAAAAAAUUAAAAAAAAUUGAUGUUCUGAGUCAUCGGCUCAAUUAUUCAGCAGUUUCCGCAUGCCUCUGGAGGAGUCCCCUCAAUGCGAGUGCCAAACUGUCUAUCAACAUGUUCAAUGUCCAUCAAAAAUUCUACCUCUUAAUCACAUUAACCUUGUUAUAAUGACUAGAAAUUGAACAUUCAAAUUGCUUUUGUUUUACAGUUUCUCAAACUUUAUCAGUACUACGAUGCAUUUUUCACGGCCUUUCAUUGUAGCCACAGAAAUACUUUUUGUAAAAUCAGAUGUCUAAAUAAAUUGAUUGCUUAAUUUACUAAAUGUAAAACUUACUGUGUCCCAAAGAGACCUGCAAUCCUACAAGACAAAUCAAUCACAUCCUGCUAUUUAUUAGAAAACUGAUAGCCCAAAUAAAAAUGUAAUACAUGAUACAAAAUUCAGCUUCAUCUUUCUGAUUUUUUGGUUUGCUACCUGAUGUUGUGAAGCAGUUUUCUCUAUUUAUAUAAUCUUGUUCUUAAUCUGCAGAAACUGUUCAUUUACUUUGGUGUAUAAUUACACUGCCCUGUUUAGUUAAUAUAAGCAGUUUGUUUAUUUUGUAAUAAAAUGGAGAAAGAA